AUGAAAUCAGAGUUAUUUAAAUUAGUAUUUAAUAAUACAGUUAUUAGAUCAAAUAUAUUUAAUCAAUUUCAAAAUAAAGAGAUUUAUGGUUGUAGAACAUCAAAAUAUAGAUGGAUACAAUUAAUAAAUUCACCAUUUCUAUUGAUACAAUAUAAUUAUUUCGAUUUGUUUGUUCAACAUUGGAUCACUGUUGGUUGUAAUAACUACCAUUAUAAACAGUUGAAAUUGAAAAACAAUAUCGAGAUUGUUAAAACUGCUAUCCGAUUCAAUAGAUUAAACUUUAUUAAAUGUUUGGUAGAGAAUAAUCAUUUAGAUCUAUCAAUUCAUUCAAAAGCAAUAUUUGACUUGUCACUAUCAAAAAGAAAGAAAGAUAUUGUUGAAUAUCUAAAAUUGGCAUUCAGUUCGAAUAACGUGGAUAUAUCCACUAUUUACCCAUCUUUAGAACUGCUCGAGGCAUGCGAAUCAAACGAUCUUGAAACCGUUAAACGAUUAUCAUCAACUAUCCCGAAUGACCAAUUCAAAGAAACCUAUCCACCUUUGUGCAAAGCAAUCUCACAUGGUCAUGUACAGAUUAUAGAUUCGUUGCUUAGCAACCAAACCGUUGGAGACGAAUUGUAUUAUAAAAUAAAUAGAUUGGCAGUUAGUUAUUGUCAAUUUCAAGUUCUUGAUUGGUUACUUUCCAAAGGUUAUAUAGAAGAUAGAGAAUAUCAAACAUCGGAACUUGGUUUCUCUAUCAUACAUAAGGAUUUAUUUCAAUGGAUGAGGACAACCAAAAUCAGAAUCAACUUUACAUCAACUGAUUUCGAUCUAGCAGCAAGAAAUUCACUCGAUGUUGUAAAAUGGAUCAAUGAUCAUAGUAAUCAAGGUUGUUCAAAUAAAGCAAUGUAUAAUGCAUUUAUCAACUUGAAGUUUGGCAUUGUGAAAUGGUUGCACGAGAAUAGGACAGAAGGAUCAUUUCCUAUUGAUCGCAUUUGCUUUAACCCAAGAAUGACAAAAGAUUUAGUCGAGAAAAUACUCUUCGAAAUGGUUAAAUGGUAUCAUCAAAACAGAACAGAAGGAUUCACUGCUGAUUUCAUGGAUUGUGUUGCUUCUUUCUCACUUGACAUUGUUAAAUUCCUUCAUUACAAUCGAACUGAAGGAUGCACAAGCAAAGCAAUGCUUAAUGCUGGAAUGUCUGGUCAAAUUGAAAUCUUUAAAUUCCUCAAAGACAAUCGAACAGAAGAUGUUCCAAUUGAUCUCAUUUAUCAUAUUUGUAUAAAGGGUCAAUUAGAGAUGAUUCAAUACCUUUAUGAAACUGGAGAGCCAGAUGAAUAUAAUUGGUCUUGGAAACUGAUGGAUUUCGCUGUUCAAUCAUCGAACCUCGAUAUGGUAAAGUGGAUUCAUCAAAAUACCACAUUUAGUAGUAUUACAAAUACAUUUGAUAUUGCCUUGUGUAAAAAAGACUUUGAAAUGGUUCAAUAUCUCGUUGACAACAAGCUUUGCACAAAUGAUUUGGAAUCAACUACUCUUAUUCAAGUAGAAAAUCCAUCUUCAUAUAUUUUUAUCAUUGAAAUAGUUGAUUGGUUAAUGAAAUCAAACUUAUUGGAUAAAUCUAAACUUGUUAAAUUGGCAAAAAAAUGUUAUACACCAACUUUAAAGGCAUUUUUCAAAGAUUAUAAUUCAAAUCGAAAAAAAAAAUAG